AUGCGCCGAGAACCUGACCACAGAUAUAUGGAUGUUUCCUUGCACCAACUGAAAUACCUAUCCAAGAAUUUAGAAAAGUCAAAAGUACUAAUGAUACCGUGUCCUACACUCCUUCAAGUUUCGGAUCUUGUCUUCACUAUGCAUUAUCCAGGGAUCGAGGGAUACCAAUUUUCCAACCAUAAAAGAGGAGAAUGUGCAAACUAUUUUAAUUGGGCUCCCAACGACAAUGUUGUUUCUAAUUUGUUUCAUGGUUUUGGAAAGCUAUGUAUUAGUACAGGUAAAGUAUUGGCCCCAUACGCAGAAAUGAAAGAUGAAAAUGGAAACAAUAUUUGGGCUCCAAACACUUCACAUCAAUACACAUCUCUUAAUUCUGAUUUCCUUAUAACAAAUGAAUCUGUAAUGAUGGGUUCUUCUGGUGGUUGUGUACAAUCCCAUGCUUGUGAGGUUGAUGAGAUUAAUGGUGUGACAUUGGUAGAGUUUCACGCCAUCCAUUUUGGAGGCGAAUUUGUUAAAUGUAAGAAUUGCUUAAAGCACAUCAAACAACAAAUGAAUGUUAAUGAUGAAUAUCCAUCUUUAUUCCAAGGUUUACCUCGAGAAUGGAACUUUUGCACAGAUUGUCAAAAUGGAAUAGAACCUUCAAAAAUGGUAUACAAUUACUCUGUGUCUGUCCAUCAUCCAUUGUUCAAACAGGUCUACAAGAAAUUAAUUUUGCCAGAUUUGUUGAAUGUGUUGAAUAUUGAUUUGUCAGACAAUAGAUUAGAACGAUUGAGACAAUAUUUAGAUAGUUGA